AUGCGCUCACUGGGUGAACUGCGACAAGCCAUUGUGGCCAUGAUGAACAGGAAGGACGAGCUGGAAGAAGAGAACAGGUCUUUGCGGAACCUGCUGGACGGGGAGAUGGAGCACUCAGCGGCUCUGCGGCAGGAGGUCGACACCUUGAAAAAGAAGGUGGCCGAGCAGGAGGAGCGGCACGUCCUCAAGAUCCAGGCGCUGGCAAGAGAAAACGAGGUGCUCAAAGUCCAACUGAAGAAAUACGUAGGAGCUGUCCAGAUGCUGAAAAGAGAAGGUCAAACUGCUGAAGCCUUUGAGCUGUGGCAUGAGGGCUGCCAUGUCCACAGUGAACUGGCUUGA